UUAAACCUGUUCAAAAUGCCACGUCGGAUACUUGUUUUUCUUACUUGUGUCGUUGUUCAGAUUUUGUUACAAGCGGGCAACAUUAAUCAGAAACAAAAUAGAAGUUAUUUAGAACGGGAUGGAAAACAUCCAUUUUUUAUUAUAGUUACAGCUGCUUAUGUAGGAAUUCAAAUAUUGGCGUUCGAAGCCUUAGUACAAAAAUCUUGGAAGCAUUGGCAAAACAAAGUCGAGAUAAAGGACGAUUUAUACCGGCCAUGGAGCAAAGUUGGCAAGUUGUCAAAGUUACCUUUUCUAAAAGAGUUUGCAAGCAUACCGGUACAGAAAUACUGGACUCUACCCUUUUCACUUGGAGAAUAUCUUAACAAAGCUGAAAAUGGCAAUAAAGUAGAAUUUAUGAAUUAUGAAUGGGGAAGAUAUGAAUCAUUCAAAAACUUUCCAAUGGAUUCUCCAGCAAGACCCAUGCGACUGGCUUCCAAUGGAUUCUACUAUACGGGCACUAAGGAUACUGUUGAAUGUUUUUCAUGCAAAUUGAAAUACAGCGGCUGGAAAGAAUGCGAUAAACCAGAUACCCUUCAUAAACUUUUGUCUCCAGACUGUGAUUUUAUGAAAGAUGUUGACUCAACAAAUGUUCCAAUACAUCCAACAUUCGAAUCAAUAUCGAAUUACUCAGAAUACCCUCCGGAAGGAGCUAUUGGCGGUGCAAGUUGCUCAACAGAUGGUUACGCGGAAAAUUGCUAUUCUAAUAUACAAGUUCAACACCAGACAAGACAAUCACAAGUAACCAACGAUGCAAUAUCUUCACGACGCAUUAACCACAAAUUUCCGGAUUAUGAAAAUAGUCAACACAGAAUGGAUUCAUUUAAUAAUUGGCCAUGUGCUGAUGUGAUAGCUUCUUGUGUUCUAGUUGAAGCGGGAUUCUAUUAUGCUGGUUUCAGUGACUGCGUAAGAUGCUUCUCCUGUGGAGGCGGACUACGUAACUGGGAGUAUGGUGAUGGUCCGUGGGAAGAACAUGCAAGAUGGUUUCCCGAGUGCAAAUUUCUGAGGGAACAAAAAGGACUGGAGUUUAUUAGACGGUAUCAAGAUACACGUACGGAUUCUGAUGACGACCAAUUACCGACGGAAGCGAUUGUGUCGGGAGAGGAAGCAUUAAGAACACUCGAAGAGAACAGCAAACACAAUGAAGCGGAUAAUAAUGUUAUAAAUGAAAACGAAAAUGAAGGCGAAAGGAAGAUUGCAUGCAAUGUUAAAGGAAAGUUAAACGAAAUGGGCUUUUUGUAUUCUUUCCACCAUAUUAUGAAAGCUAUUCAUCAACUAAGGUGUAAUGGCGGUCAAAUUUCAAUAGAAUCCGUUAUUACCCAUCUUAUUGACAAUACUGAAGAUUUCGAAAGUCAUGGAGAAGCUGAAGGAACAGACAUAUCAGAACAAGAACCUGUUUUUGUCGGAAACUUUUGUAGCAACAACGAAGCUGAAAACAAAACUGAACACAAUGCAAAAUCGAGCGGAGAUAUUUCAUCAGAUCUGUCAAAUACGCUUACUGUUGCAGAUCAAAGUACAUUACAAAAAGAAAACACAAAGUUAAAAAACCAACUGGUAUGCAAAAUCUGCAUGGACAGCGAUUCUAAUGUUGUGUUUAUACCAUGUGGACACAUGGUUUCGUGUGAGAAAUGUGCUCCACAUAUCCGGAAGUGUGCCGUUUGCAGGGUUCCUAUAAAAGGGCGCGUAAAAGCAUUCAUGACUCACAUGUGCUCUCUCGUUACAUUUCGUUCCAAAAUGUUCUCCAGACCUUUACAAUAUCUUAUUGUUAUUUGUUUAACAAGUUUAUGUUUUAUAUCCAUGGCGGAUAGAGUGCGUGUGAUUACAGAAAUGAAUAUUAUUUCAGUUAUAUCUUGUGCAUAUUUACAUCAGCUAGGAUUUUUUUCUUGUUUAAAAAAUAAACAAAAAAGUGUGGUUCUGCUCUCCUGUUUGUUUUGUUGCUGGUAUGUCUUUGUGAUUUGGAUUUCUUUGAAUUCGAAAAAUACACAUAUCAACUAUGGGAGGUCAAAUAACUCAAUUUUAUCAGUUAACAAGAAAUUGGACUUAUAUAAUAGAAACAUCAGUAAAAGACUUCAAAAAUACAAGGGCGAUCAUUACCAACAUCUUUUUUCGUUUAGUCAUGUUUCAAGACAAAAGUGUUGGGUUUUCCCCUCUUCUCUGGAAACGUACUUUCAGGAGUUAGAAAACAACAGAAAUGGUGCCAGGUUGAUGAGGUUUGAAUGGGCAAGGUAUGAAACAUUCAAAACAUUUCCGUUCGAUUCACCCGUAAUGCCAAUACGAUUAGCGUCAAACGGAUUUUAUUACAACGGAUCAGGUGACAGUGUCACGUGUUUUUCGUGCGGACUCGAGUACCGAGGAUGGAGAGAGGGUGAUUCUGUUGCAGAUAUACAUGCCAGACUCUCACCAGAUUGUCACUUUAUCGUAGGAGCUGAUCGUAGAAACGUAGGGAUCCAUGCCGACGAAGUUCAAGGUGCUACAGGAGGCGGAAGUAGUGUAACUGAUGGCAGUAUCCGAAGUGGAGAGGUCUACGUACAGAGGCAAAGUCGGCAGUCUGAAGCAAGCGGUACCAGUCUUUAUACACAGCCACGGCACAAGUACCCCGAUCAUGAGAACUAUCAUUAUAGAAUGAACACAUUCACAGGGUGGCCCUGUAGUGAUGUAAUAGACCCAGGACUUCUUGUUUCAGCUGGCUUCUUUUACGCAGGCAUCAGUGACUGCGUAAGAUGCUUUUCUUGUGGAGGUGGACUUCGUAACUGGGAAUAUUGUGAUAGCCCAUGGGAAGAGCAUGCAAGAUGGUUCCCUGAAUGUGGAUUUUUAAGGGAACAAAAAGGGUCAGAGUUCAUCAGACAACACAGAGAAGUACAAUCCGACUCUGACGAGCAAGAAUCCUCACCGACUGCAGUUGUAUCUGGUGAGGAGGCCUUGAAUACAGUUAAAGAAAAUAGAGGGCCUAAAAAGCCAAGCAUCGGAAGUACAGCAUCUAAGGUAAAGACAAAUUAUGGGGACAGCAAGAUGUCGACAGAAGCCCUUUUGUCGGAAAAACUGCUGGCACAACAAACAAUUCUUUCUAAGGGAUUUUCUCUGGCAGACAUUCAAACGAGUCUGGAAAGGACCGCAAUCACCGAUGUUACAGAGUCAGCUAUAGCAACAGUACUAGAUGACAUGCUUAAACACUCACAAGCACACGGAACGGAACAUUCAGAUAAAAUUGCAUCAUCUUAUGAUCAAAAACAGUUACAUCACAGCACGGAUGCAACAGCUGCGCAGGCAACACUAAAGGGUGCUACAAAUACUUCUAUUGAAUUAGAUCAAAAAGUUUUACAAGAGGAGAACUCACGGUUGAUAGACCAGCUUACCUGCAAAAUCUGCAUGGACAAAGAAUCUAAUGUGGUAUUUAUCCCAUGUGGCCAUAUGGUUUCAUGCGAGACAUGCGCACCACAUAUCCGGAAGUGUGCCAUCUGCAGGCAACCUAUUAAAGGUCGCGUGAAAGCCUUCAUGUCUUGAAUAUUCAUUAGGGACGCAAUGCUUGUAUUUGCUGCUGGAAGUGCUCCAGUGACAAAAACUGAAGGGAACUUGUCUUCGUAGUCGAAUGGAUGAACAGCAAAGAACUUUCUUGUAAUAGGCAGUGAGUCCGUUCAGCCAGUCAGCCAAGUACAAUGGGGAGAGGAUAGACCCGUGAAUCUGCGAUUGUCGCGAAUUCAAUCAUCGGACAAGGUGUCCUCUACCUGGGACCACGUAGAGAAGUUGGCAGUUACUUGCAGAUGAAAAGGGUUAGUACUGGUACAGAAUCUAGGAACACUGCCCACAGUUACAAAACUGAAAUACUGCUAAACCACGAAACAUAUAUUGGACACUGUACGAACAAGAGACAGAGUAAAAGUUGUUUGUUCAGGAAGAAUGCGAGACAUGCUUUUGUCACCAGUUUUCAAACGACAAUAAAAUAACAUUCUUUACCCGUAGUCAAGUGAAUUAGUAAUCAAGUGCAUUAGUUAUCAUGUGUAUUUACUGACGACCUUCAAAGAUCUCACGUUUUUUUUUCAUGCUUAUAAGGAUGUAUCUUAUGUUGUAUCUAUAUUUAUAUUUAAUUGUGAUUUCAUACAUGUCAGACCUAAAUAUGCAAACAAUAGAUCAUUUUUGUCUGUGAUAGAAGGGCUCAUGGAUUUUAUAUUUAUAGAUAAAAAGUUCAUAUUUAGAAUAAUUGACAUUUAUGUUUUUAUUUAUAGAUAAAAGUUCAUAUAUAGAAUAAUUGACAUUAUGUUUGUUUAUAUUGUUGCAAUUUUCACAAGGAAGGUUUCAGUUGUAUAUUUUGUUUAAUUGCAACAGCCUUACAUUUUUCUUAAUAAAAUUUGAUCGGACUUUUUAAAUAUAUUAUUUUUUACUGUCUGAUAUCAUUCAGGGUUAUUUUUGCUCAAUAGAAUAUUGAGUGACUGCCGGGCUGCCGGAGAGGUCCAGUAAUUAUACAAUACUGCUGGACUGAUGGAGAGAGAAUCGGCAGUCACGCAAUAUUUAAAGUUAUGUAGUAUUUCAUGUACUGCCUGUUAGUCCGGCAGACUUCUGCCAAAUGAUCCUGGCAGCUAUCCGUCACACACCUAUAUAAGGGUUAACUUUCUGGGGAGAUGGGGAGAGAAAAAGAGGAAAGGGAAAGAAAAGUUUGUGUGCUGGAUAGUUGCUUGGAUAUAUCUCAUUUGAAGUUGUUUUUGUGAUUAUUAUUGUUUUGUUCGAAAUAUUAUUUGCUGUUGCAAAAGUGACUGUGAAUUAAAAAUUGUAGCAGAAGUAGAAAUAAUUCUUGUGUGACUGUGAAUUAAAAAUUGUAGCAGAA